AUGGCAAGCAUCUGCGUUUUGCCCGAUCACCUCCUGUUGGAUAUCUUGUCUCUUGUCCCCAUGGGCGACCUGAUUCGAAACUGCCGUCUGGUCUGUUCCCGCUGGCGGGACCUAGUGGACUUGCCAGUUCUCUGGAAGCGGCUCUUCCGGCUGAAGGACAGCAGCAAACGCGUGCAAGUUGUGCCACGUGAUAUAAAGGCCUACUACAUUUUGGGCCACCUGGAGAGAAAUUUGAUCAAGAACCCCUUUGGAGAAGGCAAGUCCCAGAUUAUUCAGGAGAAAUACCAACAAGCCUGCCUUGAGCAGAGAGGAACUGAUUUGCAUAGUCCAGAUGGCUUGGACUAUUGGACAACCAAGACCCUUGGAACGGCCCAAUGGAAAAUUCAGGAAGUGUCUGAAAUGGCCUCCCUGCGACUUGGAAUGAAGGACUUUAUUCCGAGGGACUGCCCUGUGGAAGAUGGGCCCUGUCUUCAGGUUAAAAAAUGCUUUGCUGCUUGUGAUGGGUUCUGCGCCAAGUAUCAGCUCAUCACCUUGAAGGACGAAGGCUACUGGGAUGAGCUGAUAGAUAGGGUCAAACCCUGCGUUAUGGUGUCCGAUUGGUUUUACUGCACCAAAGGCGCCCAAUACCAGCUGCGGGUGCUGCUGUUAUCAGCAGACUUCGAGGUCUUAAGAGAGCGGUGUUCUGAAGACUUGUUCUUGAAUGGAUCUAAACAUGGAAGGUGGCGAGAGGUUUAUUACACCAUCUAUGGCUGCCCUCCUGGUGUCCGCUACAUCUACUUUGAACACAAAGGCCAAAAUGUCAACAGACGUAACCAUAAAGGUUUGCGAGUAACUAAAAGCAGCAUCACCCUUAAGUUCAUUUACGAUGUUCGUCAACAUUACUGA